CAUCCAUCGAAAACAAAUUGUCUGUUUGGCUGUCACUUUCCAAUUUUUGUAAACAAAUUUAUUUUAUUAUCAAAUUAAAUAAUAGUUUGAAAUGGCUCACAUACAGUUCGUUGAUGAACUCGUAAGAGAAUAUUUACUAUACAGGGGAUUUACAUCGACUGUGAAAGCUUUCGACAGUGACUUGAAAACUGAUAAAGACAAAGGUUUUAGGGUGGACAAGAUUGUGGAUCAAAUUUUGCAUUUUAUAAACGUUUCUGAUCUCAACGGCUUAAAAGAGUACUGGUCCCAUCUCGACAGUUUGGUUUUCUCUAAAUUAGAGAUACACGUUCAACCAGCUGUAAGAAAAUUAGAAUAUAGUCUCUACAAGCUGUAUUUAGUGACGGCUGCACAAGGUGCCGGCGGUGUGAAGAAUGAACGCGUCACAGAAUUUUUUGCUAAGAUGCUGCCAGAGUUGCAGGGCCAGAAUGAGUGGAGGGAUUGGUUCAUGCUCCCAUACAUCCAAAAACCAGAAGAGAACCCAACGUUCAGUCUGUUCUUCACGCGGGCAUGGCAAGACAGUGUGCUAGUGUCGCUGCACAAUCUGCUAGCCACUGUGUUUCAGUGCAUGCCGCAGCCUACGCUAACAAGUUAUGAGAGUGACGUUGCUAUGGUAAAGAGGCUACAGGAUGAGUUAGCCGCGCUUAAAGGAAAGACUCAUCAACCAAUUGACAAGAUUUCUCCAAGCGGACACCAAUCGCGAUUAGCGCAAUACUCGAGACUCAGCGGCCCUCUACCAUUGGUGGAUGACUUUUGCGCAGUGCCAUCAGAGCAGCUGGACAGCGGAGCCCGCGAGGCUAAGGGGCUGCGGGGGCUGAUCCGGCAGAUGGGCGGCAGCCCCGGCGCGCCCAGGAGCGCGGCCCGCAGUCAGAGCCAGAACUAGACACAUAGUAAUAGUAAACGGGUCUGGUGUAGACAGAAAGGGGAAGCUGAUCUGUAAUGGAGAUUUAUGAUAAGUGUAUCUUACUGUCCUAUGUACGAUUCUUGUAAUAUGGACUUUAUAAUACAGUGUGUAUUUUUGAUAUAACCGCAAACUUAAACUAGACGUAGGUUUUAGUGCUAUAUAACGAUUCUGGUUUUUUUAUUUAUUUAGUCCUAUCUAACAGCACAAAUAAUUUUCAAAAAUUUUCGAGCGGCAAUGUAUUUCGUACAUAAUAGUCACUUGUGACAGUUGUGACGUCGCUUCAUCAAAUGCGAUACAUUGCUUGCUGAAUUAUUUUAUAUGGGUAAUAAGUCGUCUGUAUUUUAUAAAACCUAUGAAGGUGUGUUCAUUAAAGCCUAAACUAUCCUUUGGUUAUGCGGUCGUAUCAAAAAUACACGCUGUAUAAUAAGGUAGAAAAUCAAAUGUAAAAAUAAGUGCGCCACAAAUGGAAACAAAUUUACAAUGUAACUAUAGAAACUGGCGGUCUUGUUGCUAAAAGCGAUCUCAAGGUGUAUAAUAGUUGUAGAUUUAUUUUUAAUAGGCAUAAAUAUAUUAAUGCAUUCCAUAAUGAAUUGUCGUUCAAUCGCGAUUAACGAGUGAUUGGAAUCAAUUAUUUACAAUUAGUACAGUAUAGAUCGUGUCAUUCACGAAGACGCGUGCAAUGACUCGUAAAGUUAUGUUAGUAAAGGUUAGAUUGGACAAAUCUGCGCGUCAUUGUGGAUGGCACGAACUAUACUCGCGCCUGAGCUGGUCCUACCAUUAGUGGACGACUUCUGCGGUCUCGCGAAUCGCGUUCAAUCGCGAUUAAUGAUUAACAAGCUAAUUGUAAUGUUUUAAGUUAAUCGGUAAUCAAGAUGCCUUAACACUUGCCUGUACCUGGCCAAAAAGCUAAGUAAUAUAUAGUCGGGAUCCAAUUAAAGAAAUCGCCUCCAUCCAUUGACGGCAUUGACAUAUAUAUCUAAGGACGGGAGGGGGCUUACGGACAAUAAGAAUGGGGCCAGUACAGCGGUGUCACGCACACGAAUCCGAGCCAAUCGUGCAGUCUCACGCCGCAAUUCGCAUCGCACCACGCGCGCGAUUGGCCGCAACUAGGGAAUGCAAUAACCAGCCUAACUUCAUAACCGGUUUCGGUUACGGUUAUGGCCGAAAAAUAACCGAAUAUUCGGUUAUUCAACGUUUAUUAUAAAUUACGUAUAAAACUAGCUCUACGUGACGUAAAAUCAUAAGAUAAGCAGUAUUCAUGAAAAAUAAACCCUACUUUGUUUUUCUUUAGUAAUUUUAAUGAGUUUUUAAAUUAUAAAUUUUAGAUUUACAAUCAACAAUGUAAAUAUAUCUAUCACAACCAAAUCAACAUUAAAGCAAAUGGAAGCCAGCAGCGAAGUUAUUUGGUUUCGAUGAUGGUGCCGCCCUUCCACACUCCGACAGACUUAUGAACUUUAUCAUUAUCAUAGGUAUUUUUUUUUUGUAUCCGAUAUUUAUUUAUUUAAUUUCUACUGCAAUAAUCUGUAUUGUAUUUGCUGAAUAAAUGUUUUUCUCAAUUAUCAAAAUUACAUAAAAGCAAUAAAAUUAAACCAAUUAACAAGUGAAAUAAGUAGGUAAACUAGGUAUCACAUAAGUAAAGAGAGUAAUAUUAAUAAUCAAAUUAGCGAUUAUUCAUAAGUAUUUUUUCAAUUUAACAUUUAAAUGUAACCUAAGAUUCAAUCAACAAAAUAUAAAUUAUACACAAAAAUCACAAAAUAACUUACACAAAACUCACUAAUUAUUGUCCUUCGUCGUGGUACUCGUGGAGUUAUCUUGUAAAUACACAAAAUUUGUGCUUUUAAUACUUUAAUUAACCAGAAUAUUUGUGAAAAUUGGCCCCAGUAUUGUACUGAAACUAUUUUAUUACGCCAUAUUAUUCUUCAAAUGAAUGCAAUGGUUAUAAUCGCCACCCAGAAACUUAAUAAUAUUGAAACAGUUGCGAAAUUAUAAGUUAUUGCCAAAAUAUCAUUCAUGGAAAAAAUAACCGAAAAUAUCCGAAUUCGGUUAUUCCUAAAUUCCAAUAACCGGUUAUGUGAUCAGACCAGAAUAAUCGGUUAUAACCGAAUAUUUCGGUUUCGGAUUUGCAUUCCCUAGCCGCAACUAGUUCCGUUAAACUGCACCAUUAACCAGCACUAUUCUUAGUUCCCGUAAGGCCCGUCCUUAGAUAUAUAUAUCAAUUUCCAUCAUCUUUCCUAAUGUUACAGUAAAUUGUGCAACGAGGGCGGUAAGUGAAAUAUUGUACGAUAGACUCUCGUACGACGACACCGCAAGCUGGUAUGAAUUAAAGACUGGAGUAACAAUAUUCUUACCCCCGGAGUUACACACAAUGUUUUUCAUCACUCUUGCGAAGAAAAAACUAAUAUAUAAGCGAAAUAAUUCUUAAAUACGGUGAAAACUCAAACAUUCGUCCGCCAUAUUGUCAUAUUUUGACAGUUUUGGCAUCGAAGGCAAAAGAGUAAAAUAAAACAGAGCAAAAUAAGAAAUCAGUUUUUUUAAGAGUAGCGCGUUGAAUAAGUGGUUAGUUUUUAGGUUAUAUUCCCACAAAUAAAACAACUUUCUAUAUUUACUAAGUGGUGGUAUAUUUACACGUAAUUCAAUAGGUUAAUCCUGUAGGCGUUUGGAUGGAUGGUAACGUAAACGAGAAGCCUCCAGAUGAGGCCGGUGAUAAUGACAUGAAUUGGGAGACAACCUCACGUAAACCCAACUUGGAUUUAUCGCCGACCCAGCUGGAGCCUUCCCCAAAAAAACUGUAAUCGCCCCGAUAGAGAACUACAUACCGUUGGGUAAUACAAAUAAUACAGUGAAAUAGUAGUAAUGUCAUAACUCAUAAUGUUACUGAGUUAAAUAAAAAUAAUCCAAUCGAGGUAGAUGAAAAUAAUACAGUCGAUGUAAACAAAAAUGAUCCAGUCGACUUCAACCCACAUUUGUACAAACACCAGUCUAGACAGCAAAUACCGAGAGUACAUUGCCGAAGAUUAUGGAAAUGGUCCAUAAUCUUCGGCAUUGUACUCUCGGUCUCCGAGUAUCCAAGUCGCUAGAGACUAGAGAGUCCGCCCUAUCUUCCAAUGCCUCUCUGAAACCCAUCAAUGUAGGCCUUUUGCUUACUCAAGCAAAUGUAAACUACAUCCAGAAGGAAGGUGGUAUUACGUCAGUAGGUCGCAACAGAGUAGCAGUUACUUUCUCCACAGCAGCUGAUGCAAAUAUCUUCUUAAAACACCCACUACUAGACAAAAAUAAGUUAACAGCUGAUAUUCCCUUCUACCAUGUAUCGCGUAUGGGAGUUGUACGAGGAGUUCCUUCGGAUUGGACUAUGGAGGAAUUAGUCAACGGUACAAACCUCAAAGAAUGCAAAGGGAAGAUCCUUAAGGCUCGCCGUCUACAACGGAAAGUGACAAAAGAAAAUGGCUCCUCAUCCUGGGUGCCGACCCAAUCAGUGGUAGUUACUCUCGAAGGGCAAUCCUUACCAUCAAAAAUCUUCGCCUAUACACCUCACUAGUUGUAGAAGUAUAUCCACUGCCAAUUAUUCAAUGCAGGAAGAGCCUUAAGUUUGGACAUAUUCAAACACAAUGCCGGUCUGAUGCUAGAUGUUAUAAGUGUGCACAAAAACACCCCGAUGAUGGAUGCAAUGUAGCACCGGAACAUGUGACAUGUAUAUUUUGUACAGGUAGACAUUUUGCUACAGACAAAGUAUGCAAUGAACAUGGUCGACAAAAGGCCAUUAAACUCGCCAUGUCUGAGCUCAGAAGCAGCGGCACGGUUUUCAGCAGUUUGCAGAGCAUAUUCAGAUGUAGCUAGUCAUGUUUGGGCAGGUUACAGACUCCUGCCGAUCUUCCCAGUCCCCAUGCCACCCUAAUACUUUCAUGCCAACUCCCCCGUCCACCACUUGAUAUCGUAAAGACCGUAUAUCGCACGCCCCGGAUGAGGACGAGGGUCUCCCUCUCCCCGGGUUAUGAUAGAGAAGCCCUCAACAAUAUUGUCCGAACUCCCCCACCCCAACUCCCCAAUGGCCAAGCUCUGAAUGGUUCUUCUUACAAUAGAAUCACCCCCAAUGAAGACCUAAUGGAGCUCUGUUUAAAAUUUGUAACAAAUAUAAUCGCUAAGUGGAGCGAUUGCCUACCGAACGACGUUGCGCCCUUAAUGGUUACACUCGCAGAAAGACUUACAUUCCACAACGCCGGAAGUAUUUAAUUGGUACAGAAAACAUAUAGAUUCUCCCUAUAUGUUUCAUGUAAUCAAUUAAAUACUUCCUCUCAGGAGAAUCUGCUUGGUAUCCUAAACAAUGUUUUUGACACGAGGAGAUCCCAGGUGACUGGAAGACCCAAGUUAUUAUUUCAAUCUUGAAACCUACUAAAAAUCCAGACGAGGCUAGCUCGUAUCGACCAAUUGCUCUUUUAGCGACAAUGGGAAAGAUACUGGAGCAUCUGAUUAAAAAUAGACUGAAAUGUUUUGUGGAAAACAGGGGUAUUCUAGCCAAUACUCAGUUUGGCUUCCGAAAGGGCCGUAGUGCAAUGGCAGUUUAAGCAUUUUAACAACUGAAAUUCGACUUGCCUUUUCAAGGAACGAAUAUCUGCUUGGAUGUUUUCUAGAUAUCUGGGAAUUUAGAUAUUUAAAAAUAAAGUAAAUACCUACGAUAAGGUUCCCGUUUCCUUUGACUAAAUUCUUUGUUUUGAUGUGUUGUUUGUUGGUUUACUUCGCAUUAAAAAAAUUAAAAACAAACAGUUGCGAGCCCAAAACGCAUAAGAGCGUUAAAUGGAUAUAAGUACUUUUGUGAUAGACAUAGAUAUAAUAUUCCUAAAGAUGGAGUCUAAACCAGGUGUCACCGUAGCCACACACACAGAUACAUUUUAUGUACGAUUAUCCAUUAGCAUUUCUAUGAUGUUAAUUUUGAGUAAAGAAGAAGCUUCCAUUAAUCGCUAUUCCGUUCCGCUGUGUGGAGAUUAUCGAUACAUGAUUAAACUCGACAGUCCACAUUCCUAAAACGCACACAUACACAGCUUGCCCACCACCUAAGUGGCUACGGCUUGAGUAUCAAAUUUUGUACUGAGAAUAGACAACGGGAGGGCCUUGAUUAAGCUAGAAGCGCUCUGGCAACACUGGCCGUAUGGGGAAUAUCUGUUUGUGUUUUAGGUCAGCGUGACACGCAAUAAAUUUUCACUCGGUUUUUCACACAUCAAGCUUUUGAUAUUCAAUAAAAAUGGGGUACGAAUAUUGCCCUACCUGCAAAAGACCAUUAAUAAAUGAAGCGAACCUCAGAGUACUGCGGAUUAGAUGGGCAGGGAUCGGUAUUGGAGUGACUGUUGGUGGUGGAGUAUUAGGAGCUUGUCUACUGCCAAUAUUGGGAUUCGGAUCUGCUGGAAUCGCUGCAGGAUCAUGGGCUGCAAGUGUGCAGGGACCCGCUAUAGCAGCUGGAUCAGCAUUCGCCAUAUGCCAAUCAUUAGGCGCCACUGGGCUUGGAAUAUUAUUGUUUGGCGCGGUCGGGACAGCAACUGGUGGUGCUGGUGCUCUUAGAUUGAUUUAUGCACACCGGGCCUUAUUUAAUUGGUGCAGCUGCAAUUGGUGUUGAACGUUUUCUUUCAAAGUACCUUACAAUUAUCACUUCAUUUUCUCUGCUAUUAAUGUUUUUUUUAUUUUAUUUAAAGCUGGGAUUAGACAUAGUGUAUAAAAAAUCUUCCGCUAAAAGUAUGUAUUAAUAAAAAGUUAUAAUAAUAAUAAUAGCUAAUUAUAAUAUUGUUUAAGAAAUUAGUUUAUUUUUCAUUAAAAUAAAAUACCUGAAUAGCUAAAUUAAGAUCCCUUUACAUAUUCUAUCACACAUACAUAUGCAUGUCAUUUAUAAAUAAUAAAUAUCUUUAUUCAGUAAUAAAGGACAAAUAUUUGCUUG